GCAUUCCCCAUCGAGCGAGCGGCGACUGCCAGACGCAAAAUAUUGCGUAUGUGUAAGACAGUCGUACGCUGGGCGUCCCGCAGCGAGCUACGCGUCGUACAUACACGAAAAUCACACAACUCCAAAAAGAGAGACAGAGAAAGAAGUAAGAGCGAACUUCGAGACGUCCGUUGUUGCAGCGACAUCAAACAGUCAGCAUAUAGCUCAGCUGUUGCCUGCACCCUAUCACACGUUCCGGCUCAAUCGAUACCAAGUUAUAUUAUACGCACAUUCAAAAUGGGCCUGAAGGACUUCAAAAUACACUUCGAUAGUCCUUACGCGACUUAUCAUCCUGAUCAGACCGUCACCGGCAAAGUUAUCCUUACGCUCGAUGCACCCAAGAAAAUCAAAGGAAUAAAAAUUAGUGUGAAAGGUGAAGCCGACACAUAUUGGUCAACCGACAGACAAGAAUUAAACAAUGAGGGUCGUUACAUUAAUGAAACGGACGUUGUAACUGCUCAUGAAGAAUAUUUCAAAGCACAAUUUUAUAUUCUUGGCUCAUCAUCUGGUGAACAAAUUGAAUUGCCAUCAGGCACACAUACUUAUCCAUUUAACUUUGUGCUUCCACCUUCGUUGCCAAGCAGCUUUGAAUCUGAUUUUGGACGUAUAAGAUAUACAACAAAGGCAGUCCUAGAUCGCCCAUGGAAAUUUGAUCAAGAAACUAAAGUUGCUUUUACUGUUGUUUCUCAUUUUGAUUUAAAUAAAGAUGCAAAAGCUUCUGAAUCAGUUCAUUUAGAAAAAAGCAAAACCUUUGGUUGCUUUUGUUGUGUUUCACCACCUCUUACUGUAGAUAUUACACUUCCUGUCAGAGGAUAUGUACCUGGACAAUCUAUACCAGUAAAAGUAAAUGUUGAAAAUCAAUCUGGAAUACAAGUUGAUACAAUCAAGCUCAAGCUGGAAAAGGUUGUUACAUAUUCAGCAACUACUCCACGCUCUGAUAAAAAAAUUGUUGAAACCGUAGUAGCAGAGGUUAGUAAAGGCCCCAUAGGAGGUAAUGCACACACAAUAGUAAGCUAUGAACAGAUGAUUGAUGUUCCUCCUACACCUCCAUCAAAUCUUCAGAAUUGUGGAAUAAUUGAUUUGGAAUAUAAAUUGAAAAUAGAAGCAUGCAUGGCAGGAUUUUAUCACAGAAAUUUGAGAGACAGCACUCCUAUUUACAUUGGAACCGUACCUUUAUCUAGUUAUCAAAUGCCACAGGCUCCAAUUAAAAAAAUAGAUUAUGAUGCAGGUGACGCAGAUAACGCUCCAUCAGCACCUCCAGUAGAAUUAUCCCCUCAACAAGGUCUUUAUCCUGAUUUAGCUCCUCCCUCUUAUGAGGAAUCAGUUUCUGGCACAAGACCCCUCAGAGAUGGAAAUGAAUCUGAACAUCUUAUUGGAGGUGAAAGUCGUUUUGCUCCAAGAUAUCCAGUAUAUAAUUUUAAAGUUUCUCCAUAAAUGCCUUAUCUAUAAAUAAUUUGACGAACAAAAUAUGUUGUGAUAAAAAGACUCUUUGCUCAAGCCUGUGCUCUUUAAUUAUAUUAUAAAAUUUAAAUCAAAUGUAA